AAGAGUCUUCUCUACCGAUCGCCAUUGCAAGGAAACAGACCAAACUACCAACCGAAAGCAAAGCGGCAAAAACCCAGAUAAACGCACUGCCAAAACAGCAUAAAACCCAACCCCCACAACCGGCCGGCCGACUUCAGCCGCACCGCCGACCUCUGCCUAACCUCCGCCCUCAGCUAAGCCCACAAAACCCACAAAGCCCCACAACCGAAAGACUCAAUCUUUAUUCGCAUUUGGAUUUUUGGACGAUGGCUCUGAACAAGUGAGGAGUUUCAGAUACCCAGAUGCAGAAGAAGAGGUGGGCAGCAUUGUCCGCACUGAGGAAGGUGCUAACGUGCGCGAUAUGCUCAAUAGCGUUAGUGGCUCUCUUCUCUGUCCAUGUACUGGUCUUCCCUUCCUCAAAGGUCCAUGACUUCUCUGACCCCUUCAAGCUGCCCACGCAACAUGAUAUUAAAUACCAGAAGCUGAAUGCCGAGCAGAGCUGGACACUGGAGAUCGCUCCGCCUCAUCUGUUGAAAGCGCCUCUGCCUUCUAGUUCUCGCAAGUUGGAAGGUUCAAGUGGGAUUUUGGAAACUGACAAGCUAUGGAAACGUCCAUCAAAUCGUGAUUUUGUGCCAUGCGUAGAGCCAAAUCCCAAUUAUACAUCUCCUACAGAGUCACGGGGUUACCUGCUAGUUCAUACAAAUGGUGGGCUCAACCAGAUGCGUGCUGGGAUAUGUGACAUGGUAGCAGUAGCCCGUAUCAUAAAUGCUACUCUUGUAAUUCCGGAACUUGAUAAACGGUCAUUUUGGAAUGACUCUAGCAACUUCUCAGAUGUUUUCGAUGAAGAUCAUUUUAUCAAUGCUUUAGCUAAUGAUGUCAAAAUUAUAAAAAAUCUUCCUAAGGAACUAGCUACUGGUAUAAGAGCGGUUAAGCAUUUUAGAAGCUGGUCUGGUAUGGAUUAUUACCAAGAUGAGAUAGCUGGCCUCUGGGAAGAAUACGAGGUUAUUCGAGCUGCCAAAUCUGAUUCUCGCUUGGCAAAUAACAACCUACCUCUAGAUAUACAGAAGCUUCGCUGUCGUGCUUGUUAUGAAGCUCUACGUUUUGCACCUCAAAUUGAAGCAAUGGGAAAAUUGUUAGUUGAUCGAAUGAGGUCGUUUGGUCCUUAUAUUGCUCUGCAUUUACGAUUUGAGGAGGACAUGCUUGCCUUUAGUGGAUGCACACAAGAUUUAUCUCCAGAUGAAGCUGAGGAACUAAGGAUAAUUCGAGAAAAUACCCCAUACUGGAAAGAGAAGGAAAUUGAUUCCACAGAACAGAGAUCCAAAGGGUAUUGCCCUUUAACACCAAAGGAGGUUGGAAUUUUUCUCACCUCUCUUGGGUACCCCUUGAACACACCUAUAUAUCUUGCUGCUGGGAAGAUAUAUGGGGGCGAGUCUCAUAUGGCUGCUCUGCGGUCCCGUUAUCCAAUACUGCUGAGCAAGGAAACAUUGGCAUCUGCCGAGGAGCUUGAACCUUUUACCAAUCAUGCAUCUCAAAUGGCUGCGCUUGACUACAUUGUUUCAGUUGAAAGUGAUGUAUUUAUACCUUCAUACUCUGGAAACAUGGCGAGAGCAGUCGAAGGUCAUCGUCGAUUUCUUGGACACAGGAAAACAAUAUCUCCUGACAGAAAAGCCCUUGUUCGCCUGAUUGACAAACUUGAGCAGGGAACUCUGAAAGAGGGCAAAAACCUAUCAAAUAGAGUUAUUGAAAUGCACAGGAAACGGCAAGGCUCCGCGCGGAAGAGAAAGGGUCCUAUUUCAGGAACUAAGGGCACGGAAAGGUUUCGUUCAGAAGAACCCUUUUAUGUGAACCCUUUACCAGAUUGCUUGUGUAAGAAGGAAUUUCCGAUGCAAGCAACUCUCUAAUCGUCUCUGAUAGUGAAAUUGUUACUCUUGAGAAAAGAUUCCUGUGCUGGAAGGCUGGUGAGACGAUCAUUCUCUGCAAUUUCUUGUAGGUUUACAAAUUGGUGUUGCACUUGUACGCACAGGGAUGCAGAGCGUGUGUAUAUCCUGAGUUUAGGUAGCUGGUGGGUACGGGGGCGGUAGAACAUAGUGUUGAUGGAGAGCAAACUGCUAGAGUAGGGUAUGCAGGUGAGGGAACGAGAUGCCGGGGACGUGGCCUUCCAUUUAUGACCAAGGCAAUAUUUGUUAUGAGCUUUGCGAAGUUGGCCUGAUUUCUACAUUUCUAGAAAUGGAGAAAAAUGAUUCAUUGGGGGAUACGAAAAUAGUUAAAUUGUUUGUUUCCAAAAGUUAGAGGCACUCUUCCAUGUACUCAUAGUCAUAAUCGAUGCAAUAUAAGUUAUGGAUUUUGUUU